GUUGACACUGCUGUUUUUAAGAGGUAUCUGUGGUCUGCAUAUUUCUUCUUCAUGACAAACCUUGUUCUUGUAAAGUUUUUAUUAUCUAAUUAUUUACAUAAUUAAACGUUUUGAGUAGUUAUAUUUUAAUUGUGUUGUGUGUGUGGCUACGGCCGUGUCAUGCGAUCUUAUGUCAAGUUUAACUAGAACUCGAGUCCUUGAAUCACAAGGAGAAGAUUGUGAAAACGAAAACACUUUGAAAAGAAAAAGAAACUCUGGUAGUGGUGAUCAUUAUUGUAAAAUAGCAAAACAAGAAGAAAAUAUGACAGACACUACAAACCAAAAGCGUGCAAAUUUUUCUGCUCUCACUCCAGCAUCGAAUGGAUUAAAUAGGACAGUUCCUACUCUGGUUAAUUUAAAACCAGGAGCAGCUAAAAAACUGGUCAUCAAAAAUUUUAAAGAAAAGCCUAAAUUGCCAGACAACUACCAGCAGCUGACAUGGGAGAAGCUCAAGGAGGCUGUGAUAGCUAUCCAGUUGUCCACAUCCAUCAGAUACAGCCUGGAGGAACUCUAUCAGGCGGUGGAGAACAUGUGCAACCACAAGAUGGCUGUGGAUCUUUAUUCCAACCUCAAAGAUUUGACAGAGAUGCACGUGAGAGCCAACAUAGAGCAGUUCCUGGCGGACACUAUGGAUCGAUUGAUCUUCCUCAAGAAGAUGAACGAGUGCUGGUUGUCACACUGUCGUCAGAUGAUCAUGAUCCGUAGCAUCUUCCUCUACCUCGACCGCACCUACGUGCUGCAGAACGCCGCCGUCCAUUCCAUCUGGGACAUGGGACUGGAUCUGUUUAGACACCAUAUAGUCCUCAACACGCUGGUCCAGACACGCACCGUGGAGGGAUUGCUUAUGUUGAUAGAGAAAGAGAGACAAGGUGACACAGUAGACAGAACUCUGCUCAAAUCUCUGCUCAGAAUGCUCUCAGACUUACAGAUCUAUCAAGACGCAUUCGAGUCCAAGUUCCUUGUGGCCACUGAAGCGCUGUAUGCGGCGGAGGGCAAGCGGCUCAUACAAGACAUGGAAGUGCCUGAGUACUUGCACCAUGUGGACAAGAGACUUAAUGAAGAGAAGGAAAGACUGUUACAUUACCUGGACACGAGCACCAAGUGGUCAUUGAUACACACGGUGGAGAAACAGCUGUUAAGUGAACACCUGACAACAGUUCUACAGAAAGGUUUAGACAAUUUGCUAGAAGAGAACAGAGUAGACGAGUUGGCUCUUCUGUAUAGCCUCUUCACAAGAGUCAAGAAAGGUCUGCAAGAGCUCUGUGCCAACUUCAACACGUAUAUCAAGAAAAAAGGGAGAACAAUCGUGAUAGACCCUGAGAAGGACAAGACGAUGGUCCAGGAACUGUUGGAUUUCAAGGACAAGAUGGACAAUGUCGUGUGUACGUGUUUCCAGAAAAACGACAAGUUCGGGAACAGCCUUAAAGAAGCCUUUGAACACUUUGUCAAUCAGAGAGCCAACAAGCCAGCCGAGCUGAUUGCCAAGUUCGUGGACUGCAAGUUGAGAGCUGGCAACAAAGAAGCCACAGAAGAGGAGCUGGAGAAACUCCUGGACAAGAUAAUGGUGUUGUUCAGAUUCAUCCACGGUAAAGACGUCUUUGAGGCCUUCUACAAAAAG